UGUUAAAAGGAACUGAAAAAAUCAAUACUCCAAGUCCCCGAGCUCCUUAGCCAAAACCCCUAAAAGCAGAGAGAAAGAAUCGAGAGCUUAGAUGGAGGGAGGUUGUCUAACAUUCACUACUGCCUCGGCACCAACAAGACCUUCAACCUUAUUCAAUUACAAUCCCACAGUUACCAAACAAUUUUACAGAAAUUCACUACAAAAUACUAUUACACAUGAUAAACGAAGAGGAGGAUUAUCAAUAAAAGCAUCGACCCACAAUUUUUCUACAACAAAGCCGACACUAUCUCGGAACUGGGAUGUUUCGAGUUACUCAAAAGCACCUUCUUGGUUGCCCAGAUUUGAAGAACUUGAUACUACCAAUAUGCUUCUUCGUCAAAGGAUUAUCUUCUUGGGUUCUCAGGUAGAUGAUACGACUGCAGAUUUUGUUAUAAGCCAGCUAUUAUUUCUUGAUGCCGAAGAUCAGAAAAAGGACAUCAGAUUGAUCAUUAAUUCACCUGGUGGUUCAGUAACUGCUGGGAUGGGAAUCUAUGAUGCUAUGAAAUUGUGCAAGGCUGAUGUUUCUACAAUCUGCAUGGGACUGGCUGCAUCGAUGGGUGCGUUUCUCCUCGCAUCUGGCAGCAAGGGAAAGAGGUACUGCAUGCCGAACGCAAGGGUGAUGAUUCAUCAACCACUUGGAACUUCUGGUGGUAAAGCAACGGAGAUGAGUAUACGGAUCAGAGAAAUGGCAUACCACAAGAUUAAGCUUAACAAAAUACUAUCAAGAAUUACUGGCAAGCCUGAAGAAAAGAUUGAAGUGGAUACAGAUCGUGAUAAUUUCAUGAAUGCUUGGGAGGCUAAGGAAUACGGAUUGGUUGAUGCUGUUAUCGAUGAUGGCAAACCAGGAUUGGUCGCACCAACUGCAGAUGCCACAGCUCCGCCAAAAACACGAGUUUGGGAUAUGUGGAAGAUUGAAGGAAGCAAGAAGGCAAAGAAAAAUUUGCCUUCUGAAGAAAGGAUGUUGCAAAAUGGGUAUGUGAGUAGUCAAGAUGAUGAGCAAAAGAGCAAUGAACAGAAAGAUGAAGCACCUACUCCUCUAUAGUGUAUUGGGAUACAUGUAACAUGUGGCCUUCAACAAAUGUACUAGUCGUAUUCAAUUUGAGAUGUCGUCUCAGGGAUUAAUUGUAGAUUAAUACUUACUUUAUAUUAUGCUCGAGGUCUCUUGAGCUUUCUGUUGUACCAAUGUCUAUUGUUUUUAAGGUUGUUUAAUAGUAUUUGAAUUGGUAUUUUGUUAA